AUGUCUGAUAAAAGUUAGUAAAGGAAAACUGAGGGUGGCUUGCUUGCUACCCUGGAUGCUCUUGACAAAAAAUACAGUGCCUAUGUUCACAACAUGAGAGCUCCGUUCUUAGUUCAGCUAUAUAUCUUGUUUUGGGGUCAGAUAUUCAACAAAGAAGGGCCUCUAGUAUCACUUUUUAGUAUUUUAUACUGCUUGAUCAACUACGGUUCAACUCAGGCAUAUGCGCCUUUAUAUUAUGGAUUAACUUAUUUCACUCAAGGAAUGAUGGCAUAUUCUUCGACUUAGGUGAUUAAAAGAAUUUUUGCUAGACCUAGACCAGUACACGACAAAAAUAUCUACAGAAUCAAAGAUAUUAGAGGCAAAGAGAUAUGUGCAUCAUGGCCUAGUGGGGAUUCUUCACAAGCAUCAUUAUUCGCCUUCUUUCUGCUAUUCAAUUUCCCAUAAUUCGUAGCAUAGUUACCUUUUGGAGGUUAUUUUUUAAUCAUAGGCUGCAUUCACGUAUCUUUUGCUAGAGUGUUUUUCUAAUGCCAUUACUUCGGUGAUGUGAUUGGCGGAUUAGUAAUUGGGGCAAUCUUACAACAAAUUAAUCAUCAUAUUGCUAACUGGGUUUAAUAAUAAAUAAAAGUUAAUAUGGCAUCUGAAGAGAGCAAAAAUAGCAAGAAACCAUUCAAGGGAGUAAGUAUUAUCGAAUACACUAUUGAACUUCAAACUAACUUCCAUCUAUAGGCUAAGGUCGACUGGCCACCUGAUAUGCCCGAUGAUAUGCUAGAGGAUGCAAUCACUAUUGCCAAGCAAACACUCGAUGCUCAUGAUUUUGAAACCCAGGGAGUAGAGAUUGCAAGACUUGUCAAGAAGUACAUGGAUGAUAAGUGGGAGCCAUACUGGCACGUGUUCCUCGGCAAGUCCUUUGGAUGCCACUCUGUCCAUGAAAGAAACCGUUUUGUUUACUUCACAUUUGAACAGAGCAAGAUCUCUUGUUUGAUUUUGUCUAACUCCUUUGGAAAAUCUCUAAACCCUCUUACUCAACUUCUUAAUCAAUCUGAGAUCGUCGACGAAUUUCAAUCUCUUUUAUCAAAUUUUUGCAAAGAUUUGAAAGAAUAAGCAGUAACAGUGUAGGAAAAUAUGGAAGAGAAUUGGAAGACGGUUGGACUUGAUCUUAAGGUGAAGGCAAGCUGA